AUGCUGAACCUGACGAAUGAGUUUACGAGAGUGGCACCGCACGAAAAAAAGAAAAUUCAGUUAUUAUCCUCGGUGAUGGUAUGUCAUAUUGACGAAUCGGCUUUGUUUCAAGAACAGUCUGGCACUGUGCAACAUCUUGAAAGCAUGAUGAAGGAGCAGUAUCCGAAUAUGGAGUUUAAGCAUCAUCGCAUGGAGGACAUUUUCAAGGAUGAAUUUAUGGGAACCUCUGAUUUUGAUCAGGUCCUCAAGUGUGUCGACGAUGCAAAUAAGAAAGAUAAUGAGCAUCUUGUCCAAUUCCUUCAAGCUGAUCAAUCCAAUGCACCUGCUGAUCAUGGAGAAAGAUUGCGCUUACUUUUCAGUAACAUCAUCAAAAACACUUCAAAAGAAAGUUUAUACUGGCACCUUAAAAUGACCAUGUUACUGACAAUCGCAAGGCGAGAAGGAUGCUCUUUUAUUUUCAUGGGUGACUCGUCGACGCUUCAGGCGAUCAAGAUGAUUUCAAUGACAAGCCAAGGUCGCGGCUACAGUAUACCCUUCGAUGUCGGUGUGGAGAACGAUACAUCUUUUAAGGAUCUGGUGAUUCUGAGACCAAUGAAGGACAUGCUAGCGAAAGAAAUUGCCUACUACAAUACCAUCGUUGGGCUGAACAAGUACGUGGUUGCGCCCACCAACUGGGCCACCAAGAUGCCGGCCAAGAGCUCCAUUGAACGGUUGACUGAAGAUUUCAUUGUGUCGUUGGACAAGGAUUUUCCUUCCACUGUCAGCACCAUUUCCAGAACCGCUUCCAAGUUGACCCCAUCCAAAAAUUUAGAUUUGCAGAGAACCUGCGCGAUAUGUUCUCUGUAA